CUGGCCAAUGAGACCCGUUCGUUUGCAUGACGAGAAAUCGUUGGUGAGCACGGGCAAAUUUUUUCCUCUGGACAGAGUCAAACGAAUCAAGAACCACUUUGGAAUUUCAUUCACGUCCGUAAUUUUUGCAGCGUACGCGGGUGUCCUGCGCGAUAAAAUGAUAACUGACAAGAUUGGUACUCGAAGUGGCGAUGAUGAGGAUUAUUCAUUACCAGAUUACGCCAUUUGCUUCUCCGUCCUCCCCGUUCUCUCGCACUCCAGCCAGCUCAGGAAUGAAAUGGCGGGGUCUCACGUGCUGCUUCCGGUUGGCGAAAAGGACGCGUUGCGACGUCUCCAAUACUGCGAGAAAGCAUACCAGCGAAUAAAGACGUCCACAAUGGCAGUCCUGCAUGGGCUUACAGUUCAAAUGCUCGGACUCCACUUUACGAGCGUCUUGCGUCCAAUAAUGUCCUGUGUGACCUGUCCCACAGCCAUUUCGAACUUCCCCACUGGCCCGAGUUACGUGUCCAUUGGUGGCACGAGGCUGACGGGAGUCACGUUCGGUGCUGGCCUUCAACGCGGGCAGACCGGCCUGGCUCUGGCAAUCGUGAGUUAUGGGGAAAAUAUGUGCAUCUCUGUCGUCGGAGAUCACAACGUAGUUGGGAGAGACGAAUUGGUCCGUCUUUCCGAUGGGGUUGUUGAUCACAUUGAUAAAUUACACGACUUAAUUAAAUAAAGUGUUGUCGCAAAAUUAAGUAAUGUGCUUUAAUAAUUAGUUUGAUUUAUUUUGCCUAAUGCUACACUAAAUAAUCCUAAUCUCUUCUGCGCAAGAGCUAGAUGCCGUCAUAAGGUCCGCGCACGUGUGGUUGAUAGGCGCCAAAGUUGGGCCCAUCUUGGCGUAGAGUACGUCGAUAUUCGUCCUUUAGCAGAGAUAUAUCUCCAGAUCGAAUAGAUUCCCGUUGUGCGGAGGCUGCCAAACUCAAUUUCUGCUGCUUCGUGGCUAACAAAAGGUUCGGGUUGGGGUCCCAGGAAUACCGAAUCGGUUGGUUUUGGCCAGUAAACUGAGAUAAUCUUGCUUGGCGUUCUGCAGGCGAUUCAGGAAUGAUUAUCGGUUUGCAGCAAAUGUAAUAAAUCGCGAGGAGUGAAGAGAUCCCUGCUUGAAUAAAAGCUGUAACCUGUGUUUUUAAAGAUUAUUAAAAUUCAUACUUAAACAUGUAAUGGGGUUCGAAAUUGUUCACGAAUUAUUUUAUGUUCUGAUGA